AUGUCAGACACACCACUCGAGAUCAACACUCAGGGCACAGCUGCAAAGAUCCUCAGCGAAACUGUUGCUCAAAAGAGAUUCAUCACGGUUUGGCAUCGAAAGACCCAAUUCAAUGAUGGCCGAGUGAUUGAUUGGGAUAUCGUUGGCCACAACACACCCUAUCCCACGUUUGUCACUGUAUUUACAUUUGACACCGACACAAAAACAACAUGUAUUCUUAAAGAGUAUGCCCAGGGUACAAAUGAAAUAUCCUCUUCAGUCAGCUCAACACGAACUUUCGGAAGAGGCCAGGUUGACUGGAGGAGAAUGGAUCAGUCUAUUACCAGAGGACCAACCAGAUGGAAUCAGUGA